AAACAGCCUCUCAGCCGCCUUCCACCAAGGUUUCAUCAACCCCAGGACCCCAUAGAAAGAUCAUAUGAGCAUUGAUCAUCUUCAGAGUUCAAGAUGCUUCUUGAAGACCAACGGUUCAUCUCCGAGGACCUCGAGCGUCUCGAGCAGGGCAUCGCUGAUCGUAUGGACGAUGAACCCAAGCAGAUUCGAGACCGCCUGAACCGAGACCAUGAGGUAUCGCAGCUCCUCGACCAGAUACAGAAGCAGUCUACCGAGCUGUUGUCUUUGUAUCGUGAUGCUAAUGGCCUCCGGUCAAAAGAGGUCCUUCAGAUUGGUAGCGGCGACCCCUUCGAGGAAUUUUACAAGCAGGUGAACGAGGUUAGGGAGCACCACGCCCGUUACCCUAAUGAACAGGCGGAAAAUUCGGAGACCAGGUACCGUCCGCGCAAGGGAGGCGAUGGCGAGCCUGUACCCUACCUCGUAGACGCCAUGUUCUCCGGCGAGGAGGCGUUCGGGAGACACUUUGACCUACACGCGUGCCACGAAUCUUACAUCAACCUGCCAAACGUCAAGCGUCUUGCCUACCUGCAGUAUCUCCAGAUCUUCGACAACUUUGCACCGGGAUACGGUGGCGCGAAGAGGGCAGACAAGUUGACGGAUCAAUAUUUCAAAUACGUGGGCGAUGUAGCGGAAUAUCUGGAAUCGUUCAUGCGGCGGACACGACCCCUUGAGAAUGUGGACAAAGUUCUGGCAUCAUUUGACCAGGAGUUUGAGGAGGCCUGGGAGCAGGAUCAGGUCGAGGGCUGGCAGAGCGAAACAGCCCCAGCCGGAGCUGAGACUGGAUCAAAGAACCUGAGCAGCCCCGAUGCUGUCUGGUGCGAUGCCUGUGAGAAGGAGUUCAAGAACGAAAACGUCUAUAAGGGUCACCUCAACGGCCGAAAACACACCAAGGCGGCAGAAGCUCUUGCACAGAGGCAGCAGAGUGGUACAGGUGAUGCAGGCGCCGGUGGAAACUCCUCUGCCCGGCGAUUGAAAGAACGCGCCGUUGCAGAACGAGAGCACAGGGUGAAGCGUCUCGCCAGCGCGAUGAGCACAGAGAGGGACGACACCCGAGUCAAUGUAGAGCGGCGGCAGGGCAUGACAGAGAGGGAGAGGCAACAGGAGCUUGAGAACCUGCUCAGCAUGUCGGAGCAGCCUCCACAGGUCCACGAGAUGAGGGAGAUCGAAGGAGACGACGGGGAGGAGAAGAUCUACAACCCCUUGAAACUUCCACUGGCCUGGGACGGCAAGCCUAUUCCGUUCUGGUUGUACCGUCUCCACGGUCUGGGCGUCGAAUUCCCCUGCGAGAUCUGUGGCAACUUCGUCUACAUGGGUCGUCGUGCGUUCGAGAAGCACUUCAACGAUGCUAGGCAUAUAUACGGAUUGAAACGGCUCGGUAUCAAUGAUACCCACUUGUUCCGAGAUAUCACGGGCAUUAACGAGGCGCUGAAGCUCUGGGACAAGAGGACACGGGACAAGAAGAGGGACAAGAUCGACGAGGGCAGCAUCGUUCAGAUGGAAGAUGCGGAGGGCAACGUCAUGCCUGAGAAGGUCUACUACGAUCUCCAGAAACAGGGUCUGCUUUGAAGGCUGUGUACGAUCGGGAAAACAUUUUCUUACCUGUAUCAUAUGGAUUAUGAAUUUUGGCUUACUUGCUGAGUAGGCUGGUCAUUUUUCAGAGCCCUAAUUCUGUUAAUAUCAGCAAGAUAUCCAGAUGGCUAUCUAUGGCUCCAAGUCAGCGAGCCUCAGCAAGGGGUGACUCGAAGAAGCACCUGGUUUAACAUACUCUCCAACAUAAGUUGUCAGAACAAACAUUGAUAAUCGAGUUGCCAACCUUU